AUGCUCACUUUAAAACAAACAAUCAUUGAAGGUUUCCCAGAGGAAAGAUCAAUGUGCCCAUCAGAUAUACUUGAGUUCUGGAACCAUAGGGAUGAACUAAGUUAUGAAAAUGGUCUUAUAUUUCGAGGUCAAAGAAUUGUUAUCCCAAAAUCACUCCGCUCUGAAAUUAUAGGUCAAAUACACACUGGGCAUUUUGGUGUAAACAAAACGGUUGAGCGUGGGAAAGAAAAUUUCUUUUGGCCCGGCAUGAUUAAACAAAUCACAGAAUUUGUUUUACAGUGUAGUACUUGUCUCUCGCAUCGUAAUUCAAAUGCAAAUGAACCGCUUAUAAGUCAUGAGUUUCCUGAUAGACCGUGGCAGAAAAUUGGCACAGAUAUUUUUACUCAUGAUGGUAAGAAUUACUUGAUAACAAUUGACUAUUAUAGUCGAUUCUUUGAAAUUGACUAUUUGCCAGAUACUCGAUCAAAUACCGUAAUACAAAAACUUCGUGCACAUAUGUCUCGAUAUGGAAUUGUAGAUAUUUGCAUGAGUGAUAACGGACCGCAAUUUUCGUCAGCAGAAUUUGCCGAGUUCGCGAAAUCAUGGGGAUUUACUCACAUUACGUCAUCACCAUAUCAUAGUAGGUCAAAUGGAAUGGCUGAAAAGGGUGUGUCGAUUGCUAAGAAAACCUUAACUAAGGCAAAAGAAUCUAGGCAAGACCCAUAUGUAUGUAUUUUAGAAUACAGAAACACACCUUUAGAAUGUGGUUACACCCCAAAUCAGUUGUUAAUGGGACGAAGGACAAAGUCUGUAGUUCCAAUUUCUGAAAAAAGGCUUCAGCCCCAGACAGUUAGUCCAUCAGUGGUUAAAUCAAAAAUGCAGAAAAUCAAGUCAAAACAAAAAUAUUAUUUUGAUAAAAACUCAAAAAGUCUAAGUCCACUUCAAGCAAAUGACUCAGUUCGUAUUCAAUUUGGUAAAAAAUGGGUACCAGGAAAGGUUACUUCAAAGAAUGGAGAAAGGUCAUACAAUGUAAAGACACAAAAUGGCACAAUUUACUGCCGCAAUAGGAAAUUCCUAAUCAAAACCCAAGAAAAUCAAAUAACCGAUUUUCUCCCUAAUGCACUUGAUUCAUCGUGCACACAAAAGAUCAAAUUACCUGAUAAAAGUUUCCCACAAAAUAGUGACCCUUCUAUUAACUCUCAACCACUGGCUAACACAUGUGGUAAUUAUGUAACACGGUCUGGGAGAAUUGUAAAGCCUAGUACUCGUUAUCAGAAUGAUACUUAUCAGAAGUAA